UUGAUAUGAUAUUUUAUGACAAUAAUAAAGUUUCUUGAACGCAAUUAGUAUAUUUAUUUUUAGAAAAAAUUUAGGAAACAUUUUACUGAUUAAAAUUUUGGAGUAUAAUGCAAUUAUCAAGUUCGCUCAUAUGCAGAAAUUUAAAUUUUUCGAGGAUGUGUUUUCUUGUAAAUUGUUUGAAGAGACUGAAAAGUUCACAACAAUGGUUGAGCCGUCAAAAUGCAGAUCCUUAUGUAGAAAAAGCUAAAAUAUACAACUACAGAUGUCGGAGUGCCUUUAAGCUGUUGGAAAUGAAUGAAAAAGCUAAAAUUCUUUUUCCUGGUCAAACUGUUAUUGAUCUUGGUGCCUGUCCUGGUUCAUGGACACAAGUAGCAGUUCAAAAGACCAAUGCUGAUGGAGCUGAUGCCUCAAAACCGAAGGGCACAGUUCUAGCCAUAGAUAAAUUACAGAUAUUUCCUAUUGAGGGUGCAACGAUAAUGAGUAAUAUGGAUUUCUCAACUAUAGAUGCACAUGACAAAGUAAUACAGGCCCUAAAUGGUACAAAAGUGGAUCUGGUGCUGUCUGAUAUGGCUCCCAGUGCAACAGGUGUCAGGGAACUUGAUAAGGACAGAAUUAUAGGGUUAUGCUACAUGGCAAUUAGAUUUGCAGCUUUAGUCACUAGGAUAGAUGGUAACUUGUUAUUUAAAGUAUGGGAUGGUAAAGAAGUACCUAUACUAGAAAUGGAUUUGGGGAGAUUUUACAAAAGUAUAAAAAUUAUGAAACCUAAAGCAAGUAGAUCAGACUCAUCAGAAAAGUUUAUUUUGGCUAGAGGUUUCAGAGGUAUUCAGAGGCCACUAGAAAAUGGUCGUUGGGGUUAGGAGUUACUUAAUUUCUGAAGAAUAACUUUUGCUACAACAUAAAGUCGCUAUAGGCAUAUUAGUAAGUAGUAAGUUAGAAAAAGAAUAAUCAAUAUACUUAUUAAAGACAAGGUACAUUGAUCAAAUAUAUCCUUUAUGUUUAAUCUAUAGUAAUACUUGUUAAACUCAAUGUUAAGUUUAAGGAUGAGUUUGUAACUACUCAAGAUAAUAAUUGUCUUCCAUUUAUCUAUAUAAGAAUAGAUAUAGUAAGGAAAAGUACAAAUUACUCUGUCUAGUCAUUAGCUAGACAUGUCAACACAAAUAUACUGUUUUUUUUUUAAAUCAUUUUAAUUUCAGCUCAGAUAUCUUUCUAAUGAUAAAAUAUAGCUCUAGCAAUAAUUAUUUUGAAGAUUCAAAUGAAUUUAUAUUAGAAAAAUAUUAUUAUUUCUUGUUACUGAAUGUAUAAAGAUCUUUGUAAAUGGAUAUAGGCUUGUAAUAAAUAAA